AUGACUGUAACUAGUCCUGAUAAAAAACUGGAUAGAACAGUGUUUCGGCCACCAAAGCUAAUCAAAGUAAAGAAAAGUUAAAAUUAGUACUAAAAUAGAACAAAGAUAGAUGAGGUUGAAAGUCCAACCAAAACCUCCUGUCUCAACAUAUCUAUUAAUAAAAAGAGUCAAGAAAAGAGCUUUCACAGACAGGUUACAAUUAAUGAUGAUUUAGAUUAUGGACUUUAGAGGUAUUAGUCCUCAAUAAAAAUACCUGAUGAUUAUUCUUAGUAUGAAAAGAGCCCAAAAUUUUCAAGAAUGCAAUCUAAGAAUUUUGAGUAGAAACUUAAAUCAAAGAAGCACAUUAAAAGUAUGAAAGCAAAAUCUGGCAACAGAAUGCAAAAAUUUAAUAAGAUGAUAAGUUUUAACCUGGAGCUCGAACUUCAAGAUCUCAAUUCACGUCUUUUGAGAAUUUCAAGAAUACGAGAGUCUUAGAAAGUUUUCAAUCAUUACCUUUAAUCUGGUUAAUACAAAGGUUCAGGAAGUACCCCUCAUUUUUCAAGACUGGUAACAUUCAAGGAUAAGCAGCAAUAGUCACCUAAAUAAAAGGGGCGCAAAUAAAUGAGAUUUGGAAGCGAUGAUUAAUAACAGUCUCAAGGAGACAUAGAGUAAUUUCAGUCAGCUUACUUCACGAUUAAGGAAUCGAGGCCUGAACUGUUUAAGGCUGACAAAGCUUUUUAACAGAUCAAAGUUGAUGGAUUUAUGGAGAACUUGACUUCUGAUAUGUAAUUGAUGGCAUAGCUUCAUGAAGGAUUGGAUGUUGUCCCUAAUAGUUAGAAAGCGAAGACUUCACUAAAUAAAAAUGAAAAUUCUAAAGUCAAAGUUGAUGAAUUGAUCAAUAACAAUAAGGGAGUAUGGGAAAAAUGGUGGUCAAACAAACUUAAGAGCAGUCAAGCAAUGAUAAAUAAUGCUAAAAAAGGUAAUUUUGAAGAAGUUGCAAAAUUAAUCGAUUCUAAUUACAAUGAUGACUUGGGUGCGAGUAUCAAUUAUCAAGAGCCGUAGACUGGCUUUACAGCUCUUCAUUAUGCUACCAAACAAGGAGAUCUAAAAAUCAUCAAUUUGCUGAUUUAAAACACAGCUGAUGUAAUGGUCUAAGAUGGCAAAGGAUAGACAGCUCUUCACAUUGCUUGUUAAAGAGGAGAUCUUGAGGCAUAUAAAUUGCUAACAUAGAGAUGCUAUCAAGCAAUCAAUUGUGUAGAUGUUGCCAAAAAAACUCCUCUGGACUAUGCCAUUGAAGGAAAACAUACCAUAAUUAUCGAGUUUGACAAAUAGUUAACAUUCACUUUAUUCUCACAUUAAUCUGGGGAUCUCGGAUAGUACAAACUAAAGCCAUAAGAUUUUGAACAUUUGAUGCCUCUUGGACGAGGCGCUUUUGGAGAAGUAAUAUUAGUAAAGAAAGAAGAGCAGUAUUUUGCCAUGAAGAUCAUGAAAAAGAGAAAGUUUAAUGGAUUAAUAAAUUUAGUCCUAACUGAGAAGGAGAUCUAAAGAAAAGUCAUGAGUAAAUUCAUAGUAUCAUUGAAAUAUGCUUUCCAAACUUUUGAUAAGCUUUAUAUUGUCUCUGAGUACUGUGCAGGAGGAGAUAUGAGAGGGCUUUUAUCAUAAAAGUAAAGACUCUCUGAAAGUGAAGCGAGACUAUAUCUAGCUGAGAUAUUGACAGCCAUUGAAGAGUUGCACAAGCAUGGAAUCAUUCAUAGAGAUAUAAAGUUAGAUAAUAUUCUUUUGGAUAAAGAUGGACAUAUUAAGAUUACAGAUUUUGGAUUAUCUAAGGAAGGAAUGUUUGAAAAGAAACUCACCAAUACUAUGCUAGGUGGGGGUAGAAGUUAUUAGAUUCCAGAGGUAAUCAAUGAGCAUGGUUAUGAUAAGAGUGUAGAUCUUUAUCUCUUUGGAUUGCUUGCUUAUGAAAUUAUGACUGGGACUCCAGCUUUUCCACCUGAUGUACCAGAUCUUGAGGACAGAAUUCUUAGGUCAGAUUAUAAGAUUCCUAUGCAACUUACACCUGAGAGCAGAGACAUGGUUUAAAGACUUAUUGUUACAAAUCCAGAAGGUAGACUAAGCAUUCGCUAAUUGAAGAAACAUCCGUUUUUCAAGAGCAUUGAUUGGAAAAUGGUGUCUGAAUUCAAGCAAAAGAUGCCAAAACCCUACAUAAGGCCAAUUGAAAAAUCAAAUCUCCCAAUGGAUGCUAAUGAUAGCGAUGAAGAAGAGGAAGAUAAUAGAAGUUAUGAAGAAGCUGGGGGACCAUAAAGGAACUAAGAAGAAGAGAUUAAAACAGUUGAUGAUGGCGGAGGUGAUUAUUAUGUGUAUGAUGAGAAAUCGAACAAAUUUGUGACCCAUGACAUCAACUCUGAUCCAUUUAGUGAUGUUAAUAAUAUGACUAGAGUGCCUAACUUUUCAUAUGCUGGAGAUCAAGAUGCGCUUAGAUUUUAGAAACAAGGAGUGAUUUAGAAAUGA